CCGGUUUAUUCAUAGCACCCCACCUGACCACAAUUCCCAGAUUCGAACCUUACCAUGGCGUUGUACUACAACUUGGUGUUUGGCCUACUUGUCAUUGAAAUGGCGUUUUUUACUGUCUUGUCCUUGCCCUUCCCCCGGGCCAUGCGCAAGUCUGUCUUGAGAACGGUGUCAAUGCCUUUCCGAUCCGAGCAAUUCCAGAUCGCGUUCAAAUGUGUGUUUGGGUUCGUUCUCGUGCUUUUUAUCGAUUCUGUCAAUAGAGUCUACACCGUGACGCUGGAGUUGCAUGCGCUGUCGCCCAGCACAAACUCGCCCACAAGCAUGAUGAAUGACCGCUCAGAGGUCCAGGCCCGCCGUUUCUAUGCCCAGAGAAACAUGUACCUUUGUGGUUUCACUUUGUUUUUGACGCUCAUUUUAACGAGAACAUACUCCUUGGUGGCUGAGUUGAUCGACACUAAAGACAAGUUGGACGCGAACAAGAGUUUGGCUGGCGCCAAGGGUGUUUCGGCAGAGUCUUCCGCGUUGAAGAAGGACUUGGCUGACAAGGAUGCGGAAUUGUCCAGGUUGAAAACUCAAGCGUCCUCGUUGGCCGCCGAUUACGAUGCCGAGUCUUCCAAGUAAUAUGUCUGAUUU